UCUACACCGCCCAUCCUCAUCGGUGUCUUCAUCUUCCGAUCCGCUCUUCCUGAUCCUCGGUCACAUCUAGACUGUUCGCAACCAUCACAAUGUCGGCCGCAGCUGCCACCGGAGGCGCACCUCAAACGGUUCCUUGCGCAUACAAGACCGGAAGAACGUUGGGUCAAGGCACCUAUGCUGUGGUCAAGGAGGCAGUGCAUAUCAGUACGGGACAGUACUAUGCUUGCAAAGUAAUCAGCAAGAGGUUGAUGGAAGGCAGGGAGCACAUGGUCAGGAAUGAGAUCGCAGCGCUCAAAAAGGUAUCACAGGGCCAUCGGUCUAUCGUCACCCUCGUGGAUUACUUUGAGACAAUGAACAAUCUGUAUCUGGUGACAGACCUUUGCGUAGGAGGCGAAUUAUUUGACAGGAUCUGCGAGCGUGGUAGCUACUACGAAAAAGACGCUGCACACAUCGUCAAGACGAUUACCGAGGCCGUAGUCUAUUUGCACAACCAAGGCAUCGUUCACAGAGAUUUGAAGCCCGAGAACCUCUUGUUCCGCGACAAGAGCGAGGACUCUGACUUGUUGAUCGCUGAUUUUGGAUUGUCUAGAGUGGUCGAUGACGAAAAGAUUACAGUCUUGUCCACCACUUGUGGUACACCUGGCUACAUGGCUCCGGAAAUCUUCAAAAAGACCGGACACGGCAAGCCUGUAGAUAUGUGGGCAAUUGGCGUUAUCACGUACUUCUUGCUCUGCGGCUACACGCCCUUUGAUCGGGACAGCACAAUGGAGGAGAUGCAAGCCAUCAUCAACGCCGACUACUCCUUCGAGCCAGCAGUGUACUGGGCGGAUGUGUCGUCCGAAGCUAGAGACUUCAUCACCAAGCUCUUGACUAUUGACCCUCAAGCUCGAUUGACAGCCAAGCAGGCUUUGGAGCACCCUUGGCUCUCGGAGGGCAUCGAAAGACCUGCAGAGGUUCAGAGAGACUUGUUGCCGGACAUGAAGAAGGCUUUCAAUGCCAAGCACAAGUUCAAGGCUGCUGUCAACGGUAUCAGACUCAUCAACAGGCUGCGGGCGGAAACGUCCGAUGGCUCACCCGCACAAGCAUCCGAAGUGGCCGAUAUUCGCAAAGGCAUCGAGGAGGCCGAAGCGGAGGCGGCAAAUAUCAACCAGGUCUUUGCGCAGUGAGGCCCGCUCGAGCUCUCUUCCACCUCCAAUUUUUUUUUUUUCCCAUCCCGCCUUCCACUGGGUCACUGAAAAGCCACGACCGAGUUUCGGACUGACCUCGGUUCCUUUACGAUCCGCCCUCGAGUCAUGCGAUGCGAUGCGAUGCAAUGCUAUCCCCUUGACCCUCUUUACAUGUCUCUCACACGCUCAGCACUUCGCCUGCUGGGAAAGCGUUCGCAACGG